AUGUGGGCCCUGGAAUGCUGCUGGUUCUGGCCCCGCUGGGGGCAGGUGGCAGCGCUGCUGCUGCUGCUGAUGGUGCCCCCGUGGGGCCUGACACUGCCGCCCAUCCGCUACUCUCACGCUGGCAUCUGCCCCAAUGACAUGAACCCCAACCUCUGGGUGGAUGCGCAGAGUACCUGCAAGCGGGAGUGUGAGACAGACCAGGAGUGUGAGACCUAUGAGAAGUGCUGCCCCAACGUGUGCGGGACCAAGAGCUGUGUGGCAGCCCGCUACAUGGAUGUGAAAGGGAAGAAGGGCCCGGUGGGCAUGCCCCGGGAGGCCACGUGCGACCACUUCAUGUGUCUGCAGCAGGGUUCUGAGUGUGACAUCUGGGAUGGCCAGCCCGUGUGUAAAUGCAAAGACCGCUGUGAGAAGGAGCCCAGUUUUACCUGUGCCUCGGAUGGCCUCACCUACUAUAACCGCUGCUACAUGGACGCUGAGGCCUGCUCCAAGGGCAUCACGCUGGCCGUUGUCACCUGCCGCUAUCACUUCACCUGGCCCAACACCAGCCCUCCGCCACCCGAGACCACCGUGCGUCCCACCACGGCCUCCCCGGAGACCCCUGGGCUGGAUGUGGCGGCUCCAGCCCUGCUCAACCACCCUGUGCACCAGUCGGUCACCGUGGGCGAGACAGUGAGCUUCCUCUGUGAUGUGGUGGGCCGGCCCCAGCCUGAAAUCACCUGGGAGAAGCAGCUGGAGGAUCGGGAGAAUGUGGUCAUGCGGCCCAACCAUGUGCGUGGCAACGUGGUGGUCACCAACAUUGCCCAGCUGGUCAUCUAUAACGCCCAGCCCCAGGAUGCCGGCAUCUACACCUGCACGGCCCGGAAUGCUGCUGGGGUCCUGAGGGCUGACUUCCCACUGUCAGUGGUCAGGGGGGGCCAGGCUGCGGCCACCUCGGGGAGCAGCCCCAAUGUCACAGCUUUCCCAGCGGCCGAGUGCCUGAAGCCCCCUGACAGUGAAGACUGCGGGGAGGAGCAGACCCGCUGGCACUUCGAUGCCCAGGCCAACAACUGCCUUACCUUCACCUUUGGCCACUGCCACCGCAACCUCAACCACUUUGAGACCUACGAGGCCUGCAUGCUGGCCUGCAUGAGUGGGCCGCUGGCCGUGUGCAGCCUGCCCGCCCUGCAGGGGCCCUGCAAGGCCUACGCGCCUCGCUGGGCCUACAACAGCCAGAUGGGCCAGUGCCAGUCCUUUGUCUACGGUGGCUGUGAGGGCAACGGCAACAACUUUGAGAGCCGUGAGGCCUGCGAGGAGUCGUGCCCCUUCCCGCGGGGGAACCAGCGCUGUCGGGCCUGUAAGCCGCGGCAGAAGCUCGUGACCAGCUUCUGUCGGAGUGACUUCGUCAUCCUGGGCCGUAUCUCUGAGCUGACCGAGGAGCCUGACUCAGGCCGUGCCCUGGUGACCGUGGAUGAGGUCCUGAAGGACGAGAAGAUGGGCCUCAAGUUCCUGGGCCGGGAGCCACUGGAGGUCACACUGCUCCACGUGGACUGGGCCUGCCCCUGCCCCAAUGUGACAGUGGGUGAGACGCCGCUCAUCAUCAUGGGGGAGGUGGACGGCGGCAUGGCCAUACUGCGACCCGAGAGCUUUGUGGGAGCCUCGAGCGCCCGGCGGGUCAGGAAGCUCCGCGAGGUCAUGCACAAGAAGACCUGCGACGUCCUCAAGGAGUUCCUGGGCUUGCGCUGA